UAUCUCACACCACAUAGACAAAGUGAAACUUGCAGAUCAGAGUUAACAUAAGAUCAUGUCCGCUGUAAAUCAACUUGAAAAUCAUGUGGAUGCCAGUAGAAUUUGUGGCCACUGGUGAAUGAACAAACGACUCAAGUCUUCUUCUAUGAAGAAAACUCUGUAAGUAAUUGCUUACACCCUUCUGUAAGAACUAUCAUUAGAUGCACUGAGAUUCAGAUGUUACGUACUGUGGUCAUUUUAUAUACAUUUUUGUUCUGUUUUCAUCUUCCAUUCUGUUCUGCGAAAGAUACCUUAACAUUGAAUGAUUCCAUUAGCGAUCAAAAGAAUAAAACUCUGUAUUUUUGCUCUUGCACUUAGUACCAAAUGCCAUAUGAAAAGUUUAACCACAGUGUUUCACAUUAGACCAUUGUUAAUAUUUCGGUUUCAUAGAUGCCCCAGCUUCCGCUUCCUUUUGAAGUUCUGUCAACAACGUGUUGAAGCAUUUGCCUAUUAAAAUUAAGCAUGAGUGGUAAUAGAGAAAGAAAAGGGUGUAUCCACAUGAAUUGCUAAUCAGAUAGCAGAGGCGCAUUGAAUUACCAAGAGUAACUGAGCAAAAUUGUUGCAAGAAUUGAAGAACUGCUACAGGACAGUAUAAGGAUGGAAAGGCCCGAGAGAAGAGUAACCGUUAGAAGGCCUCCAAAUCCAAAUAACCAGCCAUCUACCAUCUGCUUUCUGUACACGAUUUUGUCAUGUUCCUUUGUUCUAUGUUGCUCUACUAGGGAUACUAUAACAGUAGACAGUUUGCUUAAAGAUGGAGAAACACUUGUGUCAGCCGGAAACAGAUUUGAACUGGGCUUCUUUAACCCAACUAAAAGAUCUGAAGGGAACAGAAGAUACGUUGGAAUAUGGUACUACAAGUCAAAUCCACGAGUAGUUGUAUGGGUUGCCAAUCGGGACAACCCUCUUCCAGUUUCUAUAGGAGUUUUUGCUAUUGCAGAUGAUGGCAAUCUCAAGAUAUUCGACGCAAACGGAAGUGUUCAUUGGUACACAAAAUGUGAAAAGUCUUCCUCUCCAUCCCGGGUGGCCAAGCUCAUGGAUUCUGGAAACUUGGUUCUCACUGAUGAUCGUUUGGCGACGAGUUCAUGGGAAAGCUUUAAACAACCAACUGAUACAUUUCUUCCCGGCAUGAAGAUGGAUGAAAAUUUAACAUUGACUUCGUGGAUUAGUCAAGAUGAUCCGGCAGUUGGGAAUUUCACGUUUGGGGCUGUCCUAGCUGACAACCAAUAUCAUAUCUUGAGAAAAUAUCUUCCAUACUGGAAAAGUGGGGAGCCCGGGAAAUCCUUUACUGAAGAUGAAAUGCCUCCCUUCAUAACCAAACUCUUAUCAAAUUUGAGCCAGAACCUGAAUGUCAAACCUUCCAAUUCCAAAUCUCCCUUUGAUAAUAUAAAUAUGUCAACCAUUGACCUUAAUAAUUCGAGGCUGACUAUGAGUUUUACUGGGCAGAUACAGUUAUGGAGCAAAGAUAAAGUGAAGGGAUGGUCUUUGAUUUGGUGGAAACCAAGAGACAGAUGCGGUUUAAUAAAUCAUUGUGGGAAUUUUGGCAUCUGUAAUAGUAGCAAUAAGUUGGAGUGCACAUGUUUGCCAGGCUUCAUGCCAGUGUCACCUGAAAAUUGGGAUUCUGGAGACUAUACAGGUGGAUGCCAAAGAAAAACUAAAUUUUGUCCCGGAAAGGAUUUGUUCUUAAGUUUAAAAAAGGUGAAAGUGGAAAGUGAAUACUCCAAGGUUCCGGCCACAAAUGAAACAGACUGCUUGGAGCAGUGCCGUAACACUUGCCAGUGCCAAGCAUAUUCAUAUGAUGAACCCAAAAACAGCACACGAAGAGGCGACCCAACAAGUACUACCACGUGCUUGCUUUGGACAGAGGAUCUCAGUGGUAUUCAGGAAGAAUAUGGCAAUGAUGGUCCUGACCUCCAUGUCCGUGUGGCAGCUUCUGACACAGAAAAUGGGAAUACUACGCAAGAUGGAGGUGGUUACCCAAAGCGAGGAAGGAAGAAAUGGACGCUGAUUGUUGGAGUGACUGUUGCCGGUGUGAUGAUUUUGUCUUCCACCACUGUCUAUUUUUACUUACGAAGAAAGACCGUCGAAAGGCAAGAAAACAGGGAAAGCAUUCGACAGAAUAUGGCUGCUCGUUUCUAUGACAGUGCAAGACAUGUCAAGGACUUGGUAGAAACGGACCAAUUUAAAGAAGAUAAAAAAGGCAUAGAUUUGCCUUUCUUUGAUUUUGAAAGCAUACUAGCUGCUACAGAUAAUUUCUCAGAAUCAAACAUGCUCGGAAAGGGGGGGUUUGGGCCUGUUUACAAGGGUAAGUUUCCAGGAGGUCAAGAAAUUGCUGUAAAGAGGCUCUCAAGCGUUUCAGGACAGGGUUUGGAGGAGUUUAAGAAUGAAGUAGUGUUGAUUGCAAGGCUUCAACAUCGUAAUCUCGUUAAUCUUUUGGGUUACUGCUUAGAAGUGGGUGAAAAGAUUUUAUUCUAUGAAUAUAUGCCCAACAAAAGCUUAGACUCCUUUAUAUUUGAUCCUACACGCAGUGUUUUGUUGGACUGGGAGAUGCGCUUCAACAUCAUUUUAGGAAUUGCUCGAGGAAUUCUCUAUCUUCAUCAAGAUUCUAGGCUAAGAAUCAUUCAUAGAGAUUUGAAAACAAGUAAUGUAUUACUAGAUCACGAAAUGAAUCCUAAAAUAUCUGACUUUGGCUUAGCUAGGAUUUUUGAAGGCAAACAAACAGAGGGUAGCACAAAUCGAGUGGUCGGAACUUAUGGCUAUAUGUCCCCAGAGUAUGCAUUAGAUGGAUAUUUCUCAAUCAAAUCGGAUGUCUUUAGCUUUGGUGUUGUUGUACUUGAGAUUGUAAGUGGAAAAAAGAACACGGGAUUUUAUAACUCAGAAGAGGCAUUGAGUCUUCUAGGCUAUGCGUGGAGAUUGUGGCAAGAAGACAAGGCACUGGAUAUAAUGGACCAAAAAUUAAGUCCAAGUUUCAACAAAUUUGAAAUUUUGAAGUGCAUAAAUGUUGGACUCUUAUGUGUGCAAGAAGACCCAAAUGAUCGGCCCACCAUGUCCAAUGUUGUUAUCAUGCUUGGCAGUGAAACUGCGACCCUUACAACUCCUAAACGACCAGCCUUCGUUAUAAGGAGAGGGCCUUCCACUUCAGCCUCUUCCUCCAGUAAACUAGACAUUAAUUCCGAAUUGACUGUUAGUUUAACAGGUCGAUAGUUCUUAUUGUCUUUGUCCUUUUAUUUAUCAAUCUGGAGAACUCUUGUGCAUCAAAUAACUAUUCUCUACAGAAAGUUCAGGGUUGUGGUUUAUA